AAUUGCUCGGAUACAUGUUGAACAAGAUGUGGAAAGUCUUUUGUGUUUUCAGUAUCGUUGCCUUGAUCGUUCCGACACAGUCGGCCAGGAAAAUUUUUCCGAAACAAUAUAACAAUCUGUACGGCGAGGACGCGAAUAAUGUACCAAAUUUGCAGAAUCUGCUCAGAACGGGUGUUGGAAUCCUGAACUUUUUGGCGAAGGGUCAAUUCAAUCUGAAUCAAGAGAUCCCGGACAGGACCCCGAGAUACGGGGAUGUUUACGAUUUCGUGGUAAUCGGUGCUGGCACAGCCGGUGCCACGGUAGCCGCAAGAUUAAGUGAAGUUUCUCAGGCAAAGGUGCUGCUAAUCGAAGCUGGACCCAACGAGAACCUUAUCAUGGAUAUCUCGCUGACUGUUUACUUCCUACAGCUAAGCAACGACAUCAAUUGGAAGUAUCAGACCAAGCCCUCCGACAAGUAUUGCCUCGGGAUGGACAACAAUAGGUGCAACUGGCCCAGGGGAAAAGUGAUGGGUGGUAGUAGUGUGCUGAAUUUUAUGAUUGCAACCCGGGGCGGGGCCGAGGAUUACGAUCACUGGGCUGAGAUGGGGAACGAAGGUUGGGUCUACAAAGAUGUCCUGAAGUACUUCAAGAAACUGGAGACGAUCGAUAUCCCAGAACUGCGGUCGGAUACUACUUAUCAUGGAACUGAGGGACCCGUGCACAUCUCCUACCCCUUAUUUCAUACCCCAUUAGCAGACGCAUUCCUGAGAGCCGGCCAAGAGCUGAGGUACCCAAUAAUAGACUACAACGCCGGAAAGGACAUAAUAGGAUUCUCGUAUUUACAGACCACGAUUCAAAAUAGCACUCGCAUGAGCAGUAACAGAACCUACCUGUAUCCCAUAAACACUCGUAACAAUAUUCACGUGACGCGCGAAAGCAUGGUGAGGAAAUUGUUGAUCGAUCGACGCACAAAUCGAACGAUCGGGGUGGAUUUUACGAAAUUCGGCCGGCUUAUCUCCGUGUUUGCGAGUAAAGAGGUGAUACUGUGCGCGGGCGCAAUUGGGUCGCCCCAAUUACUGAUGCUGUCCGGUAUUGGGCCAGCCAAACACCUCGCCGAACUCGAUAUAGACGUUGUCCGAGAUGUUCCGGGGGUCGGGGAGAAUCUGAUGGAUCACGUCACCUUCGGCGGACUAACGUGGAUGGUGAACGAACCAGUUAGUUUAAAAAUACAAGAGAUGAUCAAUCCCGCUAAUCCAUAUAUAGCGGAUUUCCUAACCAGGCAAACGGGUCCGUUUACGAUUCCGGGCGAGUGCGAGGCUCUGGGCUUCAUAAAUACUAAGAGUCCAGAAAAACUCAGCGGUUUGCCGGAUAUAGAGUUUUUGUUCAUCGGUAGUGACUUAAAGGGGAAUCCUUUUUUACCGAUUGUGAUAGAUUUGAACGACGAAAUGCGUCAGAUAUGGAAUAAAUACGAGGGUCACUAU